AUGGGGUCUUUGGAAGCCGCAACAAGGCACAGAGACCCUUUGCCCGCCAUCGGUUUCUUGGGGAAAGACGGCCCGGCCUAUCCGCCGAGUCACCCAACUGUCGCGUCGCCUUCCCCCAUGAUGAGCCCCAGCCCAAACACGAUGUAUUCCGGCCAAUAUCCUUCCUAUGCGCCCUCAAAUGUGCCCCCGCCGGGCUACGUCUCACCCCCCGAGUCGCGCCGCAUUCUCGACGACGAAAAAGAGAAAGCCGCUCGCCAGUCCCUCCCCUCCAUUCACGAAGCCCUCGGCAAGGACAACCACCUCCCAUACCCUGCGCCCACGUCCGCACCACCUUCACAACCGGGACACGCCGCGCCUCCAUCACACCUCAUCGGACGCGCAGGCGAAGCUCCCGCGGGCCCUCCAAACCCAUUCUCUAAUGGCCCUCCGUCUGGCUCGCUGAUGCGCGAACCAGCGUUCCCUCACCAAGCAGAUGCGUCGCGCACCAGCUUAAACUCGAUCAACACCAUCAACACCCAAGAUUCACGAAAUGCUUCCUCUCUUCACUCCCUCAGCACCGGCAAGUCGCCCACCCAAAGUGCCAAAACCGGCAUUACCUCUGUCUCCGGCUCGCAAAAUUCUUCCUACGAUUACAGCGCGCCACAAUCGGCGGGCAGCGUAGCCUCCCCUAACGGCUACGGUCAUUUCCCUCCGAACUACACCUACCCUCCCCCAGGCGCUCCAUCGUACCCUCCUGCGUCCUACGACGGUCGCGCCUACAUCGGUGCGCCAGAUAUGAAAGGCGGAUUUGUGGGUCGUCCGAUGCCGGGUCAGCCCCAUACUGAUUCGGUCAAGAGGCAUCUAGACGUUUACGAUGUGGAGACGUCAUUAAAUGAGAUUGCCGAGAUGAGUACACGCACACUUGAGUUUUCCCGGCACUAUGCUGCUCUGGCUCACCAAACACAACGGUCCGGACCCGUCAUGGGCUCGCUCCCCACGCUGAACGAAGUCGAAGACAUUCUCCAUAUGCAACGACGGAACCAAGAUGCGUUGAUCCGGAUACGAACCGCGGUGGUGAACCAGGAGCAGGCGAUGGCAGAGCAGAUGGCGCAGCGCAAGGCCUACAAGCCGGAGGACGAGCACAUGGUCAGCCCACUGUACCAAGAUGAUUUCAAGGGCACCGGUGGAUUCGCCGGCGCGGACUCGAAGAAGCGGCGCGGUAAGGCGGCUCCUCCUGGUCGUUGCCACAGCUGUAACCGAGCCGAAACGCCAGAAUGGCGUCGGGGUCCAGAUGGUGCCCGAACGCUGUGUAACGCCUGCGGGCUGCACUACGCCAAGCUCACUCGCAAGAUGGGAGCCACCAAAGCCGCAACCUUGGGAUCGAACCUCAAGCCCAAGUCGGUUCUUGACUCUGCCUCACCGGCGAGUCAUUAG